AAAAUUCUAAGAUUAAAAAAAAUGGCGGGUGAAGAAGUAGUGUUACUUGAUUUCUGGAGCAGUUCAUAUGCAAUGAGAGUGAAAGUUGCAUUAGCAGAGAAGGGAGUUGAGUAUGUUUGUCAACCACAAAAUUUGGUUAAUAAAAGUUCUUUGCUUCUUGAGAUGAAUCCGGUUCAUAAGAAAAUUCCGGUUUUGAUCCAUAAUGGUAAACCCAUUUGUGAAUCGCUUGUGAUUCUUGAGUAUAUUGACAAGGCUUGGCCUGAAUUGUGUCCUUUGCUUCCGAAGGAUCCUUACCAACGAUCACAAGCUAGAUUUUGGGCUGAUUUCAUUGACAAGAAGAUAUAUGACGGAGCAAAAGUCCUAUGGAAGGCAAAAGGUGAAGAGCAGGAAAAAAUAAAAAAGGAAUACAUUGAAAACCUGAAGAUAUUAGAAGGGGUGCUUAAAAAUGAAAAGUUUUUUGGUGGUGAUACGUUUGGGUACAUUGAUGUUGCAUUCAUUCCCAUCACAAGCUGGUUUUACACAUUGGAAACAUUCGGAAAUUUUAGCAUCGAGGCUAAUUGUCCCAAAAUUGUUGCAUGGGCUAAAAGAUGUAAAGAGAGGCAUAGUGUAUCUAAUUCAUUGCCGGAUUCCGAUGAAGUUUACAACUUUGCCUUAGACAUCAAAAAAGCUCUUGGGCUUUAAACCUUACCAAAUGCUUAACGUUAUAUGCAUAAGUUUAAAACAUGUUUCUGUUCAAUAAAUUUUACUGUACUUUUUUCUUUCCUUAUAUUUGUAUCAUUGUUAUAGAGGAUAUAUUCCUUAAUGGCAUCUUUGGAAAUAGGUAUUUCAUUUUAAAUAAUGGAUUUGGCCCAAAUUCUUUUUUGGGAAUCCAAAUAAUUUGAAAUUGUAUUUGAGCCAAUUCCAACAUACUUAUUAAACCUCUUUACAACCUUGAUUU